UUGGCACUUCACCUCCAUCAUGCACACAUACCGGGGUCAUAGAGCAGAUUCAUUUAAGCCAAUUGAUGUCCUUGAGCUCAAUGAAUUUCGGGCACGCAAUCGCACAUUUAACGGUGCGUACCGCCGUACCGCCAUUGCUACCCUUGGGUACGCACUGACGGCCCUCCGACUUUUUGAUUCGCGCUUUCUUCGAGUUGGUAUUGUCUAUCUCGUCCUCUCCAUUCUCCUUUUCGCUCUUGGGUAUAUUCGUGCUCGACAUUCACGGCAUGACUUUUCCGACCGACCGGAGACUAGUGCUCUUUAUGAUCGGGCGCUCCCUACUGUCGGACAGGAAGACAGGCGGGAAUAUGGUCGCCCAUUCAUAACGGCUGGACGUGAUGUUGUUGCUGUUGGUGCACUCGUGAUGAUAGUGGAAUUCCUGUUGCUUGCAUUUGUACUUCAAAUGUGACUCUUUUCUGUGCAGCAAAAACGUCAUAUAUUUGCUAUGCUGGUCAAGCACUAUUCAUACCCGCACUCCCAUCCUUCCCUGUUUCAGCUGAGGAAUGCAGAGCCCUCGAUACGCUACUUAGUGUCGAUGUAUUAUAACCAUUGGCAUGAAACCCAAUCGCAUGUUCAACGGCGUUUCCAAGGAUGAUCAAUCAACCACUAAUACGUUUUUGCGAACUGUGCUACUUUCGCGUCCUUCAGUCAGUAUCUAUAGCAAACACGGUUGUCAGCGCUAGACAUGUAUACCGAUGUACGAAGUGUACUGGUUUUUAAUAAUCUAAAAUAUGCAUU